CAUGAGGACAGAGAGAGAGGGAGAGUUUGGAGAGGAGCCGGGGACUGCCCAUGGUGGAUGGGCGGAGCAGUAAGCAUGCGCUGAGCUGGCAGACUCUGGGCUGGUCCUGACGGGCUGGCUGGGCUCCGGGCGGCUCUCUGUGCGCUUCAGACGGUCUUGGGGGAGACUACCACCAACACUCAGCGUCUCCUCGAGUACCUCAGAGAAUAAAAAGAAUUGAAAAGCAGAAGAGACACGAGGAUAACUGCGAGAAAACAAAGCAAACAGCUUCACCCCGGCAUCUGGAAAAGCACCGAGGAAGAAGGAGACGAUCCUCCCCCUCUACCCCACACCUCUCCGCCAACCCGCCCUAUCCACCCUACCCACCACUCCGUGCCAUCCCUCUGGUCUGAACUGCCCCUCCAGUCCCACCCCGUCAGGAGAACCUCGACCACCCAAAGGAAACCCCCACUUGACCAGCGUUGCCAUUAAGCGACGCGCUUUGAAUUUAGGAAGAAAUCAUCUAUGCGUUUUUGAUGCACAACACAGCCAGUGGUCUUCAUUUUUUUCCCCACAGCGGGAACAGUUAAGGUUACGGAUUUGGGUGUUUACACUUUUUGACGGGUUUCCAGUGGCAUGAUAACAUGCAGAAUAUAUCAUCCCACGGCAACAGACAAGGCUGUCAUUCCAUAGAUUAGUCUUUAUUUAAACAACCAGCUGUCACAUACGCUGCGUUUGAGCUUAUGUUUGAUUUUUCUCAUGCUUACAAAGAUCCCGACAAUGGUCUUGGAACGGACCGCCUCUCCAGACACCUAGACAUUUUUUUCAAGACGUAUCAGCUCUAUAUUUCGUGUUUAUUGAAAAAGAAGCGACAAAUUGACGAGGAGUCAUUUGACACCGACGCCGCUUGAGCCAUAGGACUUUGCGUGCGAAGUUUGGACCGGGAAGAGGGGGGCCAAGUCGGAGAUAUCUCGCCCAUAUCCACGGCAUUUUCCCUUUAAGGUGGGAGGUCGGCGGGUUGUGGUCAUGCUGUCCCUGGACGAGCCCCUGGACCUGAAGCUCCCUCGGCGGGCUAAUGGACGGGACAGAGGGGCGCGCUCUCCCCCCCUCUCUCCGCUGCACCCCAAGCGAACCCGCCAGCUCCGCAUGGCAGAUGAUGGCACCGCAGUCAUAGAGCCCGCCUCACCAGCAUCUCCGCACACAGGUGUGCAGGUGGUCCCUCAUGAUCGGAUAGACACCCCCACCCCCACCCCCCCUGCAGUGGACCUGAGCAUGUCUCCCUCCUCCCGCCACACCCCCAGCUCUCCAGAAAUGACCAACGGCAACUACAUCCCUUCAGGGAAUUCUCACAUCUCACAGGCUUUUCAGUUUUUCAUGCCAAUCGGAGCUGGGGCGGGACUUCACCUGCCAUCCUCCAUGUUCAUUGGCCAGAUGAGCGACAAGAGAGCCUCUCCUGACCUCUCAGCGGAUGAACAACUGGCCUGCCAUUGGAAGAAGUGCCAUCUGCUCUUUGACUCCCUACAAGACCUGGUGGACCAUGUCAACGACUUCCAUGUGAAGCCUGAGAAGGAUUCUGGGUACUGCUGCCAUUGGGAGGGCUGUGCUCGCAAAGGGAGGGGUUUUAAUGCUCGGUACAAGAUGCUCAUCCAUAUCCGCACUCACACUAACGAGAAGCCCCAUCGCUGUCCCACCUGCAACAAGAGCUUCUCACGCCUGGAGAACCUCAAGAUACACAACCGGUCACACACAGGUGAAAAGCCCUACAUUUGUCCUUACGAGGGUUGUAACAAGCGCUACUCCAACUCGAGCGACCGUUUUAAGCACACACGCACACACUAUGUGGACAAACCCUACUACUGCAAGAUGGUGGGCUGCCUGAAGCGCUACACAGACCCCAGCUCUCUCCGCAAGCACAUCAAGGCCCACGGCCACUUUGUGGCUCAGGAGCAGGGCUCUCCAGGUGGGGUGGGCUCCCUGCUGAGAGGGAGUCAAAGUGGAGUGCUUUCUGGCGAAGGGGGGAAGGAUUCUGCGCUGUCCUACGUGAGUGCAGCCCACAUUAUUAUCCCAGGGGCAGCGGCUGCUCUCAUGGGAGGCCAUGCUCUGCAGGGUCUGGGUGGUGCCCUACCUGUGUCCCCCCUCAGUCCUCGGCCCCUGGACCUUAGCACACUCGGUUGCUCCGGCUCACCUCCAGGUAGCCUGGGAGGUACACCCAUCCUGUCCUUCAAUGGCUCACCGCUGGGCCUGGCCAAGUCCCAUCUGCUCUCCCAGGCAUUCCCCUCCUCAGCCCUGGGCCUCCCAAUGAUGCCUGUGCUGGGGGCCUCGUCUGAGCGCAGGGCCCACAGCCAACAGGCCAAGAAGGGCCGGGGGGAGGAGGCCGAGAACGAGGUGACUGGGAGGGUCCUGAACCUCUCCACGGGAUCCCAUGAUCCCCUGUCCUGGGUGGUCAUCCCCUCAGGCACCGUGGUGCUCAAACCAGCUGUGGUCAACUGAUACACACACACAUACACACACAUUCCAGAAGAGCUCAGGGGGUUGGGAUGGGAGGGUGAACGCCAUAAUGAGGGUACGGGCGGUCAAAGGUGAUAGGGAUUGGCUCGCACAAUCAAAUCCAAGCAAUGCAUUUCAGAAAGAGGUUGAAAGAGGAGGAAACUAUAUAGAAAAACUCUUUAAACCCUCAAUCAACAAAACAAUAGAUACACUACACCUCACAAGAAAUAAGUAUACAACGCAAGCCUCUUGUAUUGAUGGGAAACUAAACUUGGGGCCCAAGAACUCUGUUUAGGAACAUGUAUGGCUCUGCAUUUCUAUCACAAGGCCUGACAAUGGGCUACUCUCUUAAUUUUUUAUUUUAUACUUUAUUCAUUCCUGUUUCCUGAAUGUGACAGUCUUAGUGAUCUGUGUACAAACGUCCUGAUUCAUUUAUAAGUAUUUAUAUGACUGCACUUCAUUGACAGUGUGCCUCCAGCUUAGCAGUGAGAUAGAUACACCAUGAAACUGAAUGACGCACUCACAGUUAGGCAAACGUGCACGUAUUAGGACAAUUCACAGUUGAUUUUAAAGUUAUGACCUGUUUUUUACAGGCUGCUGUGAUUAAUAGGAUUCAGACAGGCUUGCCAAACCAAAGCAAGCAGCUCUGAGACAGUUCAAUUAAACACAGCACUUAAUAGUGUCAACUGGUUAUAGUAUUGAAACCUCAAAACUGCUGCUAACCUCUCAGCUCCCCCAGUGUAACAUAAACUGGGAGAGAGCACUUUUGACAAUCUGUCCCUAAUUUGGGGAGGACCAACAUGGACCAGCCUAGUCCACCAGAAUGUGUGCCAGGCGUGCAGACUAGGGGCUUUUAAGGCACAGAGCAAACUGAGGACUUAACACAGACAAAUGGUGUUGCAUCACCUGACAAUGACCAAUCAUCACUUCCUCUUUUACUCAAGUGAAAUUUAAGGCACCAGUGUGUCUGGCUCCCCCCUCUGGUAGGACACAAUAUACAACAUCCUGCUUUCCAUUUACAGAACUCUCACUGUUUUUACUUCUGGAUUUUCCAGCUGCUUUCCCGUAAUUGAAUCAACAAGGCCAGUUUGUGUAUGAAAGGGCCACUGUGGUGAUAAACACUAGUGUCUUGUUUUUUUAAAAGUGACCCGACCCAAAACCAGCUGU